AUGGACAAGACUGAUCCAACCCACCGCAAGGGUGUCGUUGGCAAUCCCAAUGCCAACUUCUGGCUCUAUGACUCCAAGACGGGGUUCGACCUGACACACCCGCCCACGCUCACCUCACCCACGCCUUCUCCCAACUAUACGGUAAAGACGACUACCCUCCCCAUCACCAUCCACCCCCCGAAAUCGGCCCUCGUCAUUAUCGACAUGCAGAACUUCUUCCUCUCCCCUAAGCUCGGACGGCCAGAAGACUCCAAGGGCCUGGUCGCACAGCAGCAGCUUCUCAAGUACGCCAUCCCGGCGGCCCGGAAAGCGGGCGUCCGCAUCAUCUGGUUGAAUUGGGGUUUGACCGACCAAGAAAUCGCCGAGAUGCCGCCGGGCACUCUCCGCGCAUUUGGUUUCGAAACCGUCCUCGCGGGCGAGUUUGAAUCCUAUGACAAAGUCGAGAAAAAGCAAGCAGCUGUCGACUCGCACGGUGUCAACGAGGGGUGCCAUGAGUUCCCAGUCCCACAGAUCGAAACGUCAGGCAAGAAUCCGCGAAUCUACAAGGGAUUGGGGAGUGAAAUUGGCCCUGUAGCCCUCGAUGAUGGCAGCACGACUCAAGGCGGACGGUUGCUGAUGCGUGACACGUGGAACGCCGACUUGACCCCGGAACUGAAACAUACAUACGAGACAGACGGUAAGAAGGCUAAUCCGCCAGAUGUAUGGAUCCACAAGAACCGCAUGUCUGGGCUCUGGGGUCAAAGUACCUUAUGCACUGAGUUUCUUGAGAAGGAGGGCAUCAAGACGUUAUUUUUCACGGGAGUGAACACAGAUCAGUGUGUGGGUGGGAGUCUUCAGGAUGCAUUCACAAAAGGCUACGACGUGGUUCUGCUCUCCGAUGGUGCCGCCACCACGAGCCCAUCGAGCAGUCAGGAGAGUAUCGAAUUCAACUGCGCAAAGACUUGGGGUUUCUGUACUACCUGCAAGGACUUUGCGGAGGGGUUGGGCUUGUAA